AUGUGCUCUACAAUCGAGACACAUCAGAAAAAAGUUUUGGAACAAAAAGUUUCUGGCUCUGGACCUACCUAUACUGCACUAGAUUUCAUUAAAAAAACGAUUGAUGAAGUUAAUUGUGAAAAGUUAGAAAUAAAUGAAUGUCAACCUGAUGAGUAUCGUUGCGUAAAUGGUCGAUGUAUUCCAAAAACGUUUUUUGAUGAUGAUUAUAAAUAUCCAGAUUGUAUGGAUUACACAGAUGAAUGGUUCGGCAUGAAAUUACGUAGUGCAUGUUAUCUAUCUCCAUUAAGUGACUGUGAAGAACAUUUAUGUGAUUUUAAAGAGAUUUUUGCAUGUGGUGAUGGCAACUGUGUAAAUAGUGAAUCAGCAACACCACAGUGUGAAAAUGGACGGGACAUGCAAACAUUAUCAUGA